GGCUUCAGCUGGAGGGCGCCACAUGCAUGUGUGCCAAGGCAGAUCUCGUAUUGAGCAAGUGGCCAAGGCUACCUCCGAGGAUGGAGAAAAGUGCUUGGAAUGACGAUACAGUGACACCUAUCGAGCCUUGUCGAACAAAUUCACCUUCUCGCGGAAGUUGCGGCGGCAUCAGAUAUGCGUUCUGCGGCAGGAAAUCGUGCCGACGAUGCCCAGAUGCAGGGCCCUUCUCAGGAGGUAACAGCUACAUCAUCUCGUUUUCCCCUCGGGGCAGGACAUCACAUCCAUGACCAGAAUAUUAGCGGAAACGCUAGGGUUUUGAAUGGAGAUAUAUAUAAUUUUAUACUUCCUGACGACAUUGCGAAAGAGGCCGCCGGCUUGUCCAAAGUGAUGAAUGAGGCCGAGACGGCUUGCAAAGCGCUUUAUGAACUGAUUGGUAGUGCAAAAAACGUCCCUUGUGACAUCAAUCUCAUUUCACGCGAUCUCGAAGAUUUGCACGCCAUCUUAGGCACAAUCGGAGCGCUUUUGAACGACGAGGGCUCUAAAGAAAGUAUUGUUUGGGCUGCACUAUUGGACAAUCUGUCCAGCGUUGUCGACUCAAAUUUGUCUGUGUUUGCGGACCUCACAACACGAAUUCAGACACUAAAACCUGAUGAUGAUAGCCCGACAAAGACUGGAAAGACUGGGAAGACCGGGAAAGAACCGUCGCGAGGCGAUUCAACGAGUAACGAAGUGGAGACUCUUCGGCGCGUUUUGAUGUCUAAUAAGAUGACAUUAAAUUUGGCAAUAUCCAUGGCAAGCUACUACCAGAAUAAUUGGGCGAUGAAUGCAAUAGCAGAGUAUCGUGCAGAGUUGAAGAUUGUCUUACAGCUCCUCGAAGACGAAAAGGCUGCGCGGAUUCCACCAUCCCAACCUCACACAUGCAUUGAUCGUGCUAUCGUGAGCGAAGAUCGCGGACUUACCCUGCGACGCUAUUUUGAUGAUGAUGGUUCACUCUUCUCGAAGACUACCCUGCAACCUCCGCCGAGCAUGCAAGUCAGCACAUAUCUUGAAUCUCUUUACUUUGGAACCGAACAGACAUUUAUCACCGCAAGGACACAUCUGGCUUUAAGGAAGUGCACUCAAGUCUUCAUCAAAGGCAUUCCUUCCAUUAGGAACUCCAUUACCCUCCGUGUAUCGCCUGUCGAUACGAUCCUGACCAUCAAAGAUGAGGUACGGAAAAGAAUUGAGCUUCCUAAUGCCAACUUUCAGCUUGUAUACUGCGGUCGGGUCCUCAACAAAACCAGCGCAACACUGGAAAGACAUAAAGUGUUACAUGAUUCGACACUCAUUUGUGUUUCGUUCCGGCCAGAUGGUUACGAACCAGGCGCGUGGAGUGGACCUCGCAUUUGCUUGGUGAGGAUUAAGGAUAAAUCUGGAGUCGCUACAGACCUACAUUUUGAUACUGGUAGAGAUAUUCUUGUUCAGGAUGUUAAGCGCCGAUACGCUGAAGAAGCCAAUCACCAUACCAACACCAUACUUAUCUAUGACGGAAAGCCUUUAUUGGAAGAUGACAUGCCGUUGACGCUAGAGAGGUUCACACGGAGCUACGGGGUCUGCGAGUUUCAUGUCGUAGAUAAGUUAAGAGUGCCAGAUAUUCCAACCAUGGGUUUACGGUCACUUCGCCCCUUUCGCAGGCCUAGAUUUUGGGAAUGACUCAAUGGCUUGGAUGGAGUUGUGAGACAACCGAAGACAAAGGAUCGGAUAACCUCCCUCGGCUCACAGAGGUGGUGGAGGAGGUGGAGGAGUGUAGCGUAGGGAACUUGGAUCGUCCGUUACUGAGGAUGCUAACUUUCUAUUCUUAUAUAGAUGAAAUGUCGGGGGACUUUGUCCUAGGGACCCUUGAGAUUCUAAAUGGAUUUAGAAAAGCGAAGUAUAAGUCGGCUCUACGAGAAAACUGCGAGGAAUCCAUGAGGAUAAGUGUUGGCACGUGUUUCAAGCUUCAGCG